AGUUCAUUCAACAGGAGUCGAGUCAAAAUCGUCUUUUGUUAUUGAGUCAAUCUCAUUCUCAUGCUAAUAAAACCCAGUACUUUCUUUGCCCAAAGAGGCUGCAUUUCUUCAUUUAUCAACAAGUCAAUCCUUUGUUAUACAACUUUAACUCCCCACAUUGUUCCAAACUAUCAUCAUCUUAGACAACAUGACUCUUCCAAAAGGCAGAACACUGAUCAAUCAAUUGCACAAAAGAAUUCCCAAAUCACCAAAUUCGGAAGAUGUGGUUCCACCCACGAAGCAGAAAUGGUAUUCAAUGGUAUGCCUGUUAAAAAUAUCAUUACUUGGACAGCUUUGCUAACGGUAUAUGCAGAUAAUGGGCAGCUUUUGAAUGCACGGAAGGUGUUCGAUGAAAUGCCGCAACGAAAUAUUGCAUCUUGGAAUGCGAUGAUCACUGGUUAUGUGAGGAAUGGUGUGGGAGUUAGUGAAGCUUGUGAGUUGUUUAAUAGGAUGCCGGACCGAAAUGCAGUGUCUUAUGCUGCCAUGAUAACUGGUUUCGUUCGUGCUUUUAUGUUCGAGGAGGCGGAGAGAUUGUACAAUGAUAUGCCUAGAACUUGGCGUGACCCUGUUUGUUCUAAUGCUUUGAUUUGUGGGUAUUUAAAGGCAGGUGAAUUGAAUGAAGCUUUUCGGGUUUUUUCGGGGAUGGUGGAAAAAGAUGUUGUUUCUUGGACGUCAAUGGUAGAUGGGUAUUCUAAAAAAGGAUGUAUAGAGGAUGCUAGAGAACUGUUCAAUAUGAUGCCUGUGAAGAAUGUAGUUUCUUGGACAGCAAUGAUUAGAGGGUAUAUGAGGGAUGGAAAUUUCAAAGAUGGGUUUCUUCUGUUUUUGUCUAUGAGAAGGGAUGAGAUUGUGAGGGUUAACCCUAUGACUUUAACCACAGUUAUUGAAGCUUGUACUAACAAUGACCGAUAUGAAGAAGCUUGUCAAUCCCACGGUUUAGGUUUCCGUAUGGGAUUUGAGUGUGAUCUAAUAUUAUGCAAUGCUCUCAUCAAUAUGUAUGGUAAAAUUGGCUGUCUAGAAACUGCCAUUAAGCUGUUCAAUCAUAUGAGCAAGAAAGAUAUAGUUUCUUGGAAUUCCAUGAUUUCAUCCUAUGUUCAUGCUAAUCAGGUUGACGAAGCUUAUAGUCUUUUUCAAAAUAUGCCAAGAAGGGACAUUUUUUCUUGGACAACAAUGAUUGGAGGGUUUUGUGGAAAAGGUGAUAUGGCAAAAUCAAUCCAUUUAUUCGACAUGAUGGCAUGUAAGGAUGAUGUUGCUUGGACUGCUGUUAUUUCAGGAUUGGUUAACAGUGAGAGACCUACUGAAGCUAUUUAUUGGUACCUUAGGAUGACUCGAGGAUCCUUCAGACCAAAUGUCCUUACUAUGAGCAGUGUGAUCAGUGCUGCUGCUGGUUUAGCUAAUUUAAUCAUUGGCUUGCAACUUCAUGCUUGUGUUGUGAAGAUGGAAAUGGAGCUUGAUUUGUCGAUUCAAAAUUCCUUGGUGACAAUGUACUCGAAAUGUGGAAAUGUUUCUGAUGCAUAUCAUGUCUUCAUGAAGAUUGCUUCACCAAAUGUCAUUUCAUUUAAUUCGAUGAUCACAGGCUAUGCUUUUCAUGGUCUUGGGGAAGAAUCACUUCGGUUAUUUGAACAAAUGGAGAAAAAGGGGCUGGAACCAAAUGAAAUUACCUUCCUUGGUGUUCUUUCUGCCUGCACGCACUUGGGAUUAGUUCAAAAAGGACAAGAGUAUUUCAAAUUGAUGAAAUCAGCCUAUCAUUUAGAGCCAGGGCCUGAUCACUAUUCAUGCAUGAUUGAUCUUCUUGGUCGAGCAGGAUUACUUGACCAAGCAGUUAAUGUUAUCCAUUCAAUGCCAUUUGAACCUCAUGCUGGAGUUUGGGGAGGGCUUCUGGGUGCAGCACAGUCCCACUUGCAUAUUGAUGUUGCAAAGCUUGCAGCUAAAGAAAUUUUGAGACUGGAACCAACUAACACAACCCCACAUGUGGUCUUGUCGAAAAUAUUUUCAAUUUUAGGAGAAAAGGAGACGGAAGAGGUUAGACAGAUGCAAAAAUUAAAGGGUAAAACUCCAGGCUGUAGUUGGGUGUUGGUGACAGAAAAUAGUAAUUAGUUUGAGUUGGAGAUGAAUCAUGAAUGUGAUGUACUGGGGGGCAGAUAUCUCAGAUAUGUUUGGUCUGUGGGUUUCAUCAGGAUUGAUCAUUAUAGAUUUAUGAUAGGAAGAUGAACUUGAAUAGUCAAGGUGCUUUACUGUAUAUCAGGAGAUUACAUGGAUUGGUCACAUUUCAUAUCAAAGCUUAUUUGCUGAUCUAGUUUCCUUGCUGAGAGGAGACAAACUGAAAUGGAAAAAGUGCACAGAUUAAAGGCAUGGUCUUCGACAAGUCCCAAGUACAAAUUCUGUGGCUGGUGUAUUUCUCUAAGGAGUGAUAUUUUUGAGAUGUAAGAGAUACAGAAUGGUAGACCAGAUUCCAGAAGUGAAAGUGCGUCUAAGAAAGAGAUGUUGGACAGAUUUUCAGGUUGCUGCUGGCAAAGAACACAAUUCAGAUCCACCUGCAAUCUCCAGGUAGCCAUUCUAUCUUUAUUCCCUUUUUUGCAGUGCAAGCCAGAGAAUAAAGAUAUUCUUAAGUGAAAGCUUUAUUACUAUCGAUCACCCUUUGCCAAACCACCUUCUCAAAGCUUCCUCUCAUAUGUAAAUACAUUGAGAAGCAAUCACUCUCUAUAAAAGACUCCCAGCAGGCAGCUUCAGACACAUAUACUCUAUACAAGCCCAUAUAUUCUUCAAAAUCCAUGUUGCAGAUCGAGGAAUCUUAUUCUUGGAAAAAACAUCUGCAUUUUGUGUAUAUUAGGCUUGUACCCAUGUCACUCAGAGCUUAUCCUUUUUUACAGCAAGGCCUGAGAAGCUUAGUAAGUGCAGCAUUAUUCCAUACGUGUAAGUCUUUAAUGUUCCAUCCACCAGCUUUAUUCAUAGCUUUUCUUUUUGAAUUUCUAAAGAUUAUCCUUCAGGGAAAAACUAUAAUCCCCUUAAUAUGCCCAGAUAAUUUUUAGAUGUACUGCUUUGCUUUUUAACUACCUUAAAAUCCAGCAUUAUUAACCUUGAUGUUUUUGGAAGUUAUAUGAUAGAAUCUUCGCAAAAAUGUAUUCAGCUUCGUAUGGUUUAUACCUGUAAUCUUUCCCUGUUAAAUGUAUUCAGCUUCGUAUGGUUUAUUACUCAUAAUCUUUCCCUGUUAAUUAUGGGACUUUUCAUUACCUGUAAAAAGUCUACUCAUAUGGUUUAUACUGUUAUAUUGGUCAGGAAAUGAGACUUGUGAGAGUCUAAGAAAUUGAUUACAGUUCAAAGCUUCCGAUGUUCAGGGAAUGUUGUGAAAGCCUGAAAGGAUCAUAACCAAGGAGCAUCAUGCUGGUAAUUCAAUAUCUUGAACUCCUAAAAGGUUUUCACUCUGAAAUCUGAAAAUCCAAGUUGUAUUAAUGCUGGUAUUUGUAUUAAGUUGACUGCAGUGGCUUAACAAUUUGAAGAUCAUCUCAAUGGUAUACAAUGUUCAGCACCCCUUUAUUCAAUAAAGCUCUUCCCUCUUUCUAUGAUAGUUUUUCCCUCUUUUGCUUUAUUUUUCAAAAAACAAAACUAUUUUUUUUUUUCUUUUUAUUCAAAAAAAUAAAAAAAAAAUAAAGAAAAAAUAAUCAACCCCAAGCUAGCGUACUAUAUUAGCCUUUCUGAAAAUUUGCUACAUUUUAUUUUUCGCGGUUUAUAACACACAUUCACUAAAAAUUCUAAGGUGAUCAUUUAAGUGAUUUUCUCAAAUUACCUGUAUAUUUUUACAAACAAUCCUUUUAAUGAUUUUCUUUCAAAUUAAAGACAAUCUUAUAAAGGGGUUUUCUUUUAAAGGAGAUUUUGCAGUGUUUGUGGUGCCAUGUCACUCAUUUUGAUCACCUUAAAAGUGUCUUGCACGCAUACUUAAUUUUAUAAAUCUUAUCUUCAAUUAUCUAUUUUUUAAAUUACUGAAAGGCAAGUAUGUAUUUUGAAAUAACAUUAAAUCAAAUCUAAGAAUCUACAGUUUAUUGCAACAUUUUCAAAGUACUAAAGAACAAAGAAAGUAUAUAUCACACUAUUUACAUGUGUACAAUGGUUGAACCAAAAAUAUAUAAAAGUAUGAUGGUACAAAAUUGUAAAACCAAGGAUUCGACUUCUAGUGCUUCUAAUAACAGAUUGUAAGCUUGAAACAUAGACAAAAACAUCACAGUAUUUUUGAGCAUGCAUCAAACCAAAUCAAACCCAACCUGUGAUAUUAUUUCAUACCAGUUUCGAAGGAAGAUUAUCAGGCUCGCGGUCAAGCAAUGGAUUGAAUCUUUGUGAUUACCACGAGUGUGGGAGGUGUUUAUAGCGUCCUGUACCUUCUACUUCCUGCCUAUAGCUGUUUCGUCGCUUUGGGAUCCAAAAUGCCUUCGUUGACAAGAGCAAAACUACGCCGUGCAUUAUAAUCAUCAUCAGCAGUAGCAAUGUUCCAUUCAAGAGAUUUGAAGCUCUUUUCUUUUUUAUCUUUCUUCUUUUUCUUGCCAUAGACGCAGUCGUUACAUAGAAACAUCAAGCCGAAGAUCGCUGCUCCGCAGCCAAUAAGAUCUAUUAGGCAGUUCAUCUUCCUUUUUCUUGAUAAACAAAACUUUGGUACUGUAUGAUAAAAUGCAGAAGUUAGAAAUGAAACUUCAGCUAGUUUAAAGUCAUAGAAUAAUUUUGUUGCAAAUUUUGAUAAAUAAUCUUUGCUAUAAUAAUAUGGAAAAGGCGGUUUGAAUUAGUUUAAGCCAAACUGGUUCAUGAAUAUGAUGGGAAUAUUAAUUUGACUUAUUACGUUGCUUUGUGUAAUAAUUAUCUGAAAUGCCUUUGACUAGUUCUGAUCUAGGUAAGAUAAGGAUUAACAAUAAAUAAUUAAAAAAAAAAAGUCUAAUCUCUCAUUAACAGGUUUUUAUGACAUGCAUUUUUCUGAAGAUAUGAUAUUAAUAAAUUGUUUUCUUCGUCUCUAUUUUCUACUACGCUUUUAGAAAUGUCUAUACACCCUUAAAAAAAAAGGGAAGAUUAUCUAAAACACUUCUCCACAUCUUUACAACCCAUUUUCAAAGUA